GAGCCGCUCGAGCUGAUCCGAAUCUAACUUCCCUUCACGAUCCGGAGUCACACCUGGAUUCUACUGAGCAGCUCGUGUGAACCAGUGAAUAAACAACAUGUACGCGGGGAGGAAGAGGAGGAAACCGGCUCAGAAGGGUGUUCCCUUCGUAACCCGAGUGAAGCCGACCCCGGCUGAAGGGGCCAAGUCCAACCCGUCCAAACGCCACCGGGACCGCCUGAACGGGGAGCUGGACCGGCUGGCCGGCCUGCUGCCGUUCCCCGAGGACGUGGUGUCCAGCCUGGACAAGCUGUCCAUCCUGAGGCUCAGCGUCAGCUUCCUGCGCACCAAGAACUUCUUCUCAGUGGCGCUGAAGAGCCAGAUGUCCAACGGCCUGAACAAGCGCAGCGACCAACACAACGACGGCAAGACGCCGGGGUCAGCUGACACACACCUACCUGAGGGGGAGCUGCUGCUGCAGGCCCUGAACGGCUUCGUCCUGGCGGUGACGGCCGAGGGAAUCGUCUUCUUCUGCUCUCACACCAUCCAGGACUACCUGGGUUUCCAUCAGACCGACGUGAUGCAUCAGAGUGUGUUUGAGCUGAUUCACACUGAAGACCAGCAGGAGUUCAGGAGGAACCUGCACUGGGCCCUCGACCCCCCUGUCGGCCCCCCCACAGAUCCCUCUACAGAUGGGGAGUCGGAGUCCUCUUCUUGCCUCGUGAGCUACAACCCCGACCAGCUUCCACCUGAGAACUCCUCCUUCCUGGAGAGAGACUUCAUCUGCCGCUUCCGCUGUCUGCUGGACAACUCCUCCGGCUUCCUGGCGCUGAACAUCCAGGGUCGCUUGAAGUUCCUCCACGGUCAGAGCCGUCAGCCGAGUGACAGCGAGGCCGGGACGCCGCCUCAGCUCGCUCUCUUCGCCAUCGCCACGCCCAUCCAGCCUCCAGCCAUCCUGGAGAUCAGAACGAGGAACAUGAUCUUCAGGACCAAGCACAAGCUCGACUUCACUCCCAUGGCCUGCGACGCAAAGGGUAAAAUAGUCCUGGGGUACACCGAGGCGGAGCUGAGGGUCCGGGGCUCUGGUUACCAGUUCAUCCACGCUGCCGACAUGUUGUACUGUGCAGAAAACCACGUCAGAAUGAUGAAGACCGGAGAGAGCGGCCUCACCGUCUUCAGGCUGCUCACCAAGGAGAACCGGUGGACGUGGGUCCAGGCCAACGCCCGGCUCGUCUACAAGAACGGAAAGCCCGACUACAUCAUCGCCACCCAGAGGCCUCUGGUGGAAGAGGAAGGAGGGGAAACCCUGAGGAAGCGAUCCAUGCACCUUCCUUUCACCUUCGCCACCGGGGAGGCGCUGCUCUACCAGACCGGGCAUCCGCUGCACGGCUUCCCCGACUCCUUCCAGGGCAAAGCCAAAGGCAGCAAGUCCAAAAAGGGCAAAGUGGACAGGAGCUCUUCAGAUGAGCUGGACCCAAAGUCCCUGCUGGGAGCUCUGAUGAGCCAGGACGAGUCUGUGUACGUCUGCCAACCCGACAUGGAGACGAAGACGUCCUAUCAGAGCAGCCUUACUGGGGAGCAGCCGAGCCAGACUGAUGGUUUCACUGGUUUAUUUGGUGCUGAAAACUGGCAAAUCAUAUCCAACGGGGAGACAGGAAGAAGCAACGGUAAAACCCCCAGUUUCGACCCCCUGCUGGCCACCUUGGACUCCUUGUCCCUGGACGGGGACGAGACGUGCUCCAACAGCGAGCUCUUCAGCGCUCUGGAGAACCUGGGCCUGAACGCUGAGGACCUGGAGCUCCUGCUGCUGGACGAGAGGAUGAUUCAGGUGGAGCUGGACCCAAACCACAUCCCCUCCCUCAGCGACCUGCUCACCAACAAUGAAAUCCUCUCCUAUAUCCACGACUCCCUGGAGGGUGGCACCGAGGGAGGGGAACCGGAUGGAUUUGGACUUUUGGACCAUCCGCCGACCUCAGACUCCGCCCACAGCGUCUCCCAGCAGGAGUGUUCCACGGCUGCCGUCCCUGCAGCCCCCCCCGGCCCCCGGCAGCCCAUCGUCCAGCUCUCGCAACAGAUGCAGCAACACGUCCGAGCAGGUGAGCUGGUGAAAGGGCAGCUGGGGCAGAUCCAGCCUCUGGACACCAACGGUCACUGGAUGGUCACGACGGAGAACCUCCAUCACGCCAACAACCACACCCACCACCACCACCCGCACACUGUGCUCAAAGCCUCACAGCUGAACGGGGACCACAAACACCUUCAUUCACUUCUGGGAUUGAGUCAACAGUGGCAGCUCCAGCAAGACCAGUACCCAGUGCACCUCCAGUCCCACCAGCAGGAGAACAGCCAGAGCGCUUUGCUACCUGGUUUCCACAACCAGCUGGGACUGAGCAGAUCUCACACCUCAAACGGACACGCAGCCUUCCCAGCGCACACGGAGGUGGAGCACACCGGCUACAGCUUCUCCAACAGUGUGAUCACGCAGGAUGUUUGGGCCCAGCAGAAACACCAGCAGAUGAUGCAGCAGACUCAGGUUCCUCCAUCGUGUUUGUCCCAGUGUCCCAGUCCGAGCUCCUCGCUGGACUUAGAGCAGCUACUGGGUCUGUCCCAGCACAGCCUGCCGUCCCUGGAGGCCUACGGCAUGUUCAGCACCGGGGCAGAGGACCAUGGCAAGCUGGAGAACGGCUGCCUCCUCAGUGCCACCAGCGCAGCGUACAUCAAGACGUGUCUGAUGCCCAACGGGAGCGGAGUGGCCACCGAGGACAUCCCUGUCUCGUGCCCUGAAGGACUCGCUGCUCUACAGGACCCACAGACGUCUGGAUUCUUCCUCUGAGGGGAGGAAGAGUCCGAGGAGGCGAGUGGAGGAGGUACAGAAGGAAGAAUAAAUAAUCACGAAGAGAGAGAACGUUUCCACUCCUCUUCCAGGAACAACUUCUACAAGCUCUACUCAGAGAACCGAGGUGUCGAAGAUAACCUAGAGACGGUUAUAACGAGUGAAGGCUUUUCGUGAGUUGUGCGCUCACUGAAAGUUUUGUGUCCAUGUGUCAGGUGUGUGUUGUUUCAUCGGGAGUCAGACGACUCACCUGAACAUCAACCUCAAGCCAAAACUCCUCCUCCUCCUCCUCCUCCUCUUGUCUUCACACUGUGACUUUCAACAGAAGUGGUUCGUUUGACAAUCAGUUUUCGUGCCAUUUAAUAAGACAGAAGCCACUGGACUGUUCAGAUAAAGCACACAACUGGAGAUUUAACUUCACAGUAUUCUACAAGUGAGCAUUUGAAGCUGUGUGUGUGUGUGUGUGUGUGAGAACAUUUCAUUAGUGUAUCUACUGCUCAACACGUCUGCUGGUAAUCUGUGUCUGCAGGAAUGUGAGCGUCUCGUACUCCUGCUCCGUGUGAGAGGUGGAGACGUGAGACGUGAGACUGAACUCACCAGCAGAUCAUUGAACCUUCAGUGUUCGCUCGUCACUUAGAUGUAGAUGUUCGGCCUCGUGGGUGUUGUUGUUCGUCCUGGUGCUUUACAUAAAAAACAGCAUUUCAAUCGAGGCGUUUAUAAUUGUUGAGAUGAGAUUCAAACUAAUAAUGAAAGGUUCAAACCAGAAGCAGUUUAAAGGUGUUUUGUUAUCAACAAGACAUUUAUCCUAAUGCAGCAUUUCAGCCCGUGUGAGGUUUACAGUGAUGUUGUGCACUUACUUGUGUUUUACAGACGUGAUCAGAGAGGAUCUGAUUCGUCCGUCAGUGGCACUGCAAUCAAACAAAAAAAGCAUUUUGGUUUCCUGACCGGAGACAGUGUGAAAAUCUCCCAUUAAUGCCUUGUCUGGGCGGCCGCGGCCAGUCAGACCCCCCCCCCCCCCCCCCCGUGUCAUGUGGGAAACCCUGAGUGCACUUACAUGCACACACGUCCAUUAAGGACCUACAUGUAAAUAAUAGAUCACAACUGAAGGUGAGGGAGGAGGUGCAUGUCAGCAUUUCUCAAGAUUUGAUUUCUGUCAUCACACAAUUUUUUUAUUAUUGGUAAUAUUAUUAUUAGAGCACAGAGCUAGGAACCAUCUGUUCUCUUCUUGAUUUCAUAUCUGGCCAGUUUGUGCAUUUAUGUGGAAUCAGACUUUUUGAACUGACAGAUUUUUGUUAACAGACUUUUCAACUCUAAUUCAAGCCACUGCCUCAAUCGUAGGAAACAGAAUCUGUCCCCACACAGUUUUGUGUCUUAUUUUUUCUUUGUGUUAAACAUUUAAACAAACUGAACGAUACGACAAAACCUGCACUGAAGGAAUCCUCAGCUGGACUCCCACCGCCGUCAGUGGGACUUUAAAACCUCACGUUGCGUUCAUGUCAUGUCAGAUUUACUGUAAACUAUUGAAAUUAUGAUUGAAUAAUUAUUAAUUGACACAUUUUCAGGACUCCCAGUUGUGUGUAGUCAUUUUUCUGUGUUAAAAAACAUUUCACUUAACUCGAAUAUCAUCGUGCAGGAGUGAAGUAAAAGUAAAAUUUCCUCACGUCUGAUAUGACAUGAAUGUAGUUUCACUCCCAUUGACCAGUGUUUAAAAGAAGCAGCUCCCCCCCCCCCCCCCCCCCAGCAUUUAGCACCGACUCCAAAACCAAAUGAGAAACAUGUGAACACGCGUGUGUGUGUGUGUCUGCAGUUGCUCCUUCGCUGAAUGUCUCUGGUAAAAAAAAAAGAUGUUUAAAACAUGAAGCUUUUAUUUCACUGCGAUAACAAACUGUCAAUCAAAGGUUGACUUCACGCCUCUUGUCUGUUUUCCUCUGGUUGUUUUUUCUUUUUUCUUUUAUAAACUGAACUUUUAUUAUAAAACAGAUUAUUUAAAAACCAGUUGUGAGAUCAAAUGCUGUAUGAAAGGAACAUUUAUAAAGAGACAAUCAUUUUCCAGAUGCUGAGAAACAGAAGGUUGUGUGUGUGUUUGUGUGUAUAUAGACAGUAAGUGUUUUUUCUAUCGACGUUGUUUCAAGCACUACUUUGAAUUCACUGCUCUUACAAACUUCCUCCAGCACUGAAAGUAGUCCUGUAGAACAAAAAAAGCAUUUUAUGACUCAGUGUUGUUUGAAUAUUGUUCCCGAGAGUCGCGUGUUUUAUCUCUACGUCAUGUUUAAAGACAGUUUGUCACUUUAGCUCAAAACAAAAUGGUGCCAUAACGGUGAGCUCCCACUCGCCAUGUUUCAGUAAAUGAAGAAUAUAUUUCAGAACACUUUACGUACAUGAAGCUUCUUCUCUCCAUAUCUUUAUAAUCCACUGUGUCCACAGAUUCCCUUUGAAAGUGAACCAAUCGCUUUAUAUUUAUGCCGUGAGUCAUUUCCUCAGAGUUGAGACUGAACUUUGAAACCAAACCCUCCAGUAGCUGUUUGAUGUUUUUAAAGGCACACAGACUUUAUUUUGCUACUUUUAUCACUGAAAGUCGUAGUUGUACGUAAACUGAACUUAAAGAAAAAGGCGGUUUGUCUCGGAGCCAUGUGUUGAGAUGUGCUCCUGGAUCCUGGAAUAAAGGAUUUGGUGCAAACA